AUGAGUAGAAUCAACAAGAACGUGAUUUUGGCCCUUUUAACCUUGACAAGUUCUGCAUUCCUGCUGUUUCAGUUGUACUACUACAAGCACUAUUUAUCAGUAAAGAAUGGAGCCAGUUUAUCAAAAUCCAAAGGAAGCCGAAUUGGAUUUGAUAGCACACAGUGGCGAGCAGUUAAAAAAUUUAUUAUGCUAACAUCCAGCCAAAAUGUACCGGUGUUCUUAAUUGAUCCUUUGAUUCUGGAAUUGGUUAAUAAAGACUCGGAACAAGUCAAAAAUAAUUCUUACGGCACCACUUCAGACUGCAGGUUUUUCUGUGUUCCAAGAGACUUCACUGCGUUUGCACUACAGAAUCACCUGUGGAAGAAUGAGAAAUUAAAGUACAUCAUCACAGUUUUUGAGGAAGGAUGGUAUCGGCAGUGCAGCAUCAUUCCCUACAGCAAAGAUGUCGACCUGGGGAUUUUUAUACAGGACUACAGAUCGGAUAUUGUUCCAGCAUUCCAGGAUGCAGGACUGCCACUCAAACACAGGUUUGGGAAGGUAGAAGACAGCUUGGAACUAUCUUUCCAGGGAAAAGAUGAUAUCAAACUUGACAUUUUUUUCUUCUAUGAAGAGACUGACCAUAUGUGGAAUGGAGGCACUCAGGCCAAAACAGGAAAAAAAUUUAAAUACCUGUUUCCCAAGUUUACACUCUGCUGGACUGAAUUUGUAGACAUGAAGGUUCAUGUGCCUUGUGAGACCAUUGAAUACAUUGAAGCCAACUAUGGGAAGACCUGGAAGAUCCCUGUGAAGACGUGGGACUGGAAGCACUCUCCGCCCAACGUGCAGCCCAAUGGAAUCUGGCCUAUUUCUGAGUGGGAUGAGGUUAUCCAGUUAUACUGA